AUGGAAAUCAAUUGGUACUUCAACUGGACCAACGACAAGUCCAAUAUCGUCACGCCAAUUGUCAACCGACAGGGAAUCUACGCUGGAAAUGUGGGCCAGGUCGCGCUGAUCCCCCGUGACGGCACCGUCGCCGUCCAUAACGACCUCCCCGGACUCAGCACUGAUGAAGUGCGGCUGGCAGCCCCAGACGAUGCGUCGUUGCUAGUUGCAGGUCUCCAUGGCCACGUCGUGGCAUUGGAUCCCGUCUCGCUCAAGGAGCGAUGGCGGACCAACAGCCUGCCCGAUUCAGGCGGUGAGGUCGUGUCGGUGCUCUGCGCUGCGGGUCGAAUUUACGCAGGCUGCAACGGCUACGUUUUCCGCUUCGAUCCGUCAGGCCCGCAGAUUAAGGAGCAGCACUACCUUGACCAAGGAAGCCACGAAGUGCGUUUGGCGAUGAACCAUUCGGAGUCGAUCCUCUUUGCUGGCUACGAUGGCGUAGUGUUUGCUUUGGAUCCAGAGACGUUGAAGGAGAAAUGGCACAAGGAGAUGACUGAAGCUGGCCGGAGCGUUGUGUCCAUCGUCAGCGGGAAGGACGUCGUCAGCGGGAAGAACUUCGUGUACGCGGGCUGCCGGGGGUAUGUUUACAUGUUUGACGAACCGGACGGGAACCAAAAGACCUGGAACUCUUUGCCCGGCGAUGACAGCAAUCAGGUUCGCCUGCAGUUGGAUGACAAAGAGCCUCGCAUUUAUGUCGGUACCAAUGGUCACGGCAUAUGCUUAACUUCCACUGAUCUGGAAAAGAUCUACGACAGGAGUCUACCAGGAAGCUAG